AUGCCAGCUGGCAGUCCAUUCGUUAUGACAGCUGAGCAGAUUGCUAAGAUCUGCCAGGACGCAGUAUCAAAUGCCCUGGCUACUUUCUCAAAUGACGCGGAGGUUAUUGGAGACAGUGAUAUAUUGCUCAAGAGGGGAAAGAUACUCCAAUCCUUUGUGAGGAAAGUCAGAACAUCAAUUGGAACUCUGGAACUGGAUAGCGCACCUCUCUUAUGGGAGAAAGUUAAACCGGUAUACGCAGUCUCAUUGGCGGAGAAAUAUCUUUCAAAUGGCAAGGAGGAUAUCGUCCAUGACAGUUCCCUUUUUGGCUUAAAGGAUUUCCAGAAAGCUCUUAUUCUCACCUUGAAGCCAGAGCUGCUCAUUACAUUACGGAAUCCUAUGAAUACACCAGAGAUCCCACUGCUGCGGCAGUGGGAUCCCAAGCGAACGUUAAAAUCAAUGAUUCAACUACGGUAUGACAGGUCUAGUCAACCCAUUGAACAGACCAGCUCUCCUAUUAUCAAGAUAUUGGCUCAAUGGCAUGUCGACCAAGGACACAUUCGUGUUGAUGCCAUAAUUGCUCUUGCUAAGGCUCUGGAUUUGGGCGUACGGAUCAAGGGCCUCAAAUCAAAACACCUAGAUACCAUGAUUUAA